CCUCUGCCUCUUCAUCAGCCAUGGACCUCGACCCACACUCCAUGGAGUCAUCCGAUGGCACAGAGCAGCCCUCCUUCGUCACUGCGGAAGAGAUGACAGCUCCAGAAGCCAGCGGCUCCGGCACACACGAUGACCUCACCGUCCACCUCAGCGCAGAAGAUCCCUUCGACUGGGAAGCAUACAUCGCAAACUACCAAGGCAGCACCAAGAUACCCAGACUGAUCCACAUCGCCAAGACUGCGCCAGAGCUCAGAGCAGCCACGGCACAGGAGGCGAUGCGUCUGAUCCAGGAGAGCUCAAACGAUGUAGCGACCUAUAACUCAGCCCUGAUGCUACGCAACACCAACGCCGAUGGUCAGCGGCUCAGCGACGGUCAGACUGUGUCUGCAGACCAGGAAUGGGUGAGAGAUGCAUCAAAGCGGUCAAAGAUUGAAGGAGAAAAGCUGGAUCUGGAGCUGAGGAAUUAUCAAAACAAUCUUAUCAAAGAGAGCAUUCGAAUGGCCAAUCGAGAUUUGGCUGACCAUCACAGACGGACAGGAUCACUCGCCGAGGCGCUCAAGUGCUAUCAGCGCACGAGGGAUUUUUGCUCCACUAGCGAACACGUAGUCGAGAUGUGCCUGAACGUCAUAGAGAUUUCACUGGAGCUUCACAAUUACUCAAAUGUAUCCACAUUCGUCAGCAAGGCUGAGGGCGUACUCGAGUCCUACAAUCCCUCCGCUGCCGUCGGCAGUAGCAGCCGCACUGCUGCAGGAACUGGCUCAUCCGUCGUACCACCGAGCAAAGGGGCAUCUACAUCUGGCGGAGAUGCUAUUGGCGCUCUCUUCCGAGCUGGCGGUAGCACCACGGAAACGUCCAGUCGAGGCGGUGUAGCCUCAGCAGCCGGCGGAGAUGCGGUCCAGGCUCGGUUGAAGAAAGAAGUAGCUCAGAUUCAAGCCAAGCUCAAGAUUGCAGAUGGACUGGCUGCCCUCGGUCUUGGAAGAUAUGAGACGGCUGCGAGGAGCUUUGCGGAUGCCGAUCCUCAACAGGCGGACAGCUAUAGCCAUAUCAUGUCAGCUGGAGAUGUCGCCCUUUAUGCCGUCCUCUGUGGCUUAGCGGUAUAUCCUCGCCCCGUUCUCAAGAGUCAGAUCAUCGACAGGCCCAACUUGCGAGGGUUCAUGGAGCACGAGCCUCACACAAAAGAGCUCCUCGAUGCCUUUUGGAAUUGCGAAUACAAGAAAGGACUGGGACUAUUGACCAAGUGGAAGUCACGACACGUCCUAGACGUCUACCUCCACCCGCACAUCCCCCGUCUCACCCGCCUAAUCAUCCAGCGCAGUCUCACCCAAUUCUUCUCACCCUUUUCCUCCGUCUCCUUCUCCCGCCUGGGAAGCGCCUUUGGCUGGUCCCCUACCCGAACAGAAGAGGAGGUCCUCGGACUGGUGGAGCGCGGGGAGAUUGAUGCGAAGCUGGACUGGGUAGACAAGGUCAUUGUCGCUAACACCGUCGAUGAGAGGCAGGCACUCUUUGAGAAGACAAUCCAGGCGGGGAGCAGGAGGAUUGAAGUUGCCGAGAGACUCUCAUUCAGGAUGCAGCUUGUGCAGAAUGGAUUGGUGUACAGAGAUAGGGAGGGAGCUGGGGCUGGGGGCGAGUGAGCAGUGAUGGUGGAGGAGGAGGAGGACGAGAGAUGGAGUGGAGCAGGUAUUGUCGUCGUCAAGUUUCCCACUUGGGGUUUCCGCCCCUUAGAGAUGGUCUACCACUUUCUCCCUCACUUUUGACAAAUAUCACUUCCAAUCGCCAAAGCAAAAUCACAAGGAAGCACAGAGUCUCCAACUCGGGAGGUUGUCAAUCAACACCUCACCCGCAACAGUUGCAAUGUAGAGGUGGCACAUACACUCUCUCCCCCCUCACCUCUUACGGCGACUACUCCUCCC